UUUCAUUACUGUCCGCUUGCGUUGUUUGACAACAACGCAAACGAUAUUUAGAUUGUCGUUAACGUAGGUCGUUGCAUUUCGCAACAACCUAUUUGUUUAAAGUAUUAAGUAAACGAAACGAAUAAGUAUUAUCCUAUGUUAAGUGAAACAAGUGGAUAUAAUAUCGACAAAAAAAGGUGAAGAUUAUUCGGGCGUUGGGUGAACCAGUAUUGGGUGUGUCAUAAUGAAGACUGUUUAUGCGCUUCUGGCGUUCGUCUUUUUCCAAGCAGUAAAGGGUCAACGUACACCAACAAUAUCUUAUAUAUCCCAAGAGCAAAUUAAAGAUAUUGGUCAAACUGUAGAGUUUCAUUGCUCAGUUCAAUAUGCUCAAGAUUUUCCAGUUUUAUGGACAAAAAUUAACAAAGAUGUUGCCAAUGACCAACUAGCUCUUUCGCAUGGUAGCUCUUUAAUUAUAAGAGACACUAGAUUUGCCCUUAGGUAUGAUGAUGCUCUAUCUACCUUUGUAUUACAGAUAAAGGAUAUACAAGAGACUGAUGCUGGAUUUUAUCAAUGUGAAGUUGAAUUUGCACCUGUGAUCACAGCACCUAGACCAAGACUUGGUCAAGCCUUACAAUAUGACAUGGAUUUAGAAUGUCAUGUAGAAGCUUAUCCUCCACCAGCAAUUGUUUGGCUGAAGGAUGAUUUUCAAUUGUCUAAUAAUCAGCAUUAUAGCAUCUCACACUUUGCAACUGCAGAUCAAUAUACAGAUACAACAAUUAGAGUGAUAACAAUUGAAAAAAGACAAUAUGGAGAAUAUACAUGCAGAGCAGCUAAUAAAUUGGGAACUGCAGAAACAAAAGUUGAAUUGUUUGAAACAACUGUCCCUGUGUGUCCACCAGCUUGUGGCCAAGCCCUUUAUUAUGGGGUUGGAGUAGUGCCAGUUUCUUCAGGACUUAUGAUAGUCUUAGUUUUAUUUAUUACAGUUGUUAUGAGAAAUUUCUACACCAAAUAUUAAUUAUCCGGGACUUCAGUGGGCAGCAGCAGAUCGGUGCAGCUUAUCUUCAUGGUUGCU